AUGGCUCCCUCCGUCGACACAGUUGUUCCCAGCACAGUAGAGACGAAGUCCGCCUCAAAACAAGCAAGCGGCAAGACUGGGACUCCCUCUCAAAUCCAGUCUCUGGGGAAGACAAAGGAUGGCCGGAACCUAAAGAUCAGAAGCUAUCCCAAGUUUGACAAUUUGGAGGACGAACGUCAAUAUCGCAAACAGCAUCUGGCUGCCGCGUUCCGAAUCUUCGCGGAUCGAGGCUUCGACGAAGGCGUAGCUGGGCAUAUUUCCGUUCGAGACCCGAUUCUCACAGAUCACUUCUGGAUCAACCCGCUAUCCGCCCAUUUCGCGCUCAUCAAAGUCUCCGACCUGAUUCUGGUAGAUGAAGACGGCUUGGUUGUUGUCGGCGAUGAGCCCAUCAACGCGCCUGCUUUCUCUAUCCACUCGGAAAUCCAUAAAGCGCGACCUGAUGUCCAUGCUGCCUGCCAUGCCCAUAGUGUGGCUGGUAAAGCCUUCUCAUGCUUCGGCCGCGAGCUGGAGAUGAUCACCCAGGAUUCCCUUCGCUUCUAUAAGAGUCACGGGGUCUAUCGAGACUUCAAGGGAGUGGUUUUAGAUAAAGAGGAGGGCCAGCGCAUUGUGCAAGCGCUCGGCCAGGGUAAAGCAGCCAUUCUGCAGAAUCACGGCCUUCUCACCGUCGGUCAGAGCGUCGACGAGGCUGCGUUCUGGUUUAUCAGUCUGGACAAGACUUGUCAGGCUCAGCUGUUGGCCGAUGCUGCGUCUGCAGCGGGCUAUGAAAAGAAAAUUAUCGAUGACGACGAGGCUGCUUAUGCUGCUUUGCAGGUUGGUGGGCCGGAAAAAGGUUGGCUGGCUUUCCAACCUUACUAUGACGAGCAAGUUGCGAAAACCAAGGGGGAGUUCCUACUAUAA